AUGCCGUCGUGGCCGAACUGCAAUGAGACGUCGGACGACGAUGACGAGUACAUGAGCGAGUUCAGCAACAUGCAGAUGGAGUAUUUUGUAACUCCUGACACUAUGAUAGACCCUAGUUUCUGUGGGCUUGUGACUGGAUCUGAUAGAAGGUGCAUCCUGCACAGGCAGAGGCCAGGCAAGUUUGUGGCAUUUGAAUGCACUGACACUGGCAGGAGAUUCAUAGGAUGUGCUACUGAGGAUGGUGUGAACUAUGGUGUUCUGGAGUGGGUAGAUGCCCCCUGGCCUGUAAUUCUACAAAGGUGCUUAAGCAAGCUCUGGGAUAUGUAUCAUGAGCAGAACAUUGGUAGAGCACGGGAUAAUGAGGCUCAUGGGACAGAGGUUGCAAAACUGCAGAAGGAGUUUGAUUCUCUGGCCAAUCAGUAUAGCCAGCUGGUGGAUGAUGUGUCCAAGUUGUUUGAUUAUCAGGAUGGAAAGAAAUGUCAUGACAUGGAUUGCACAAGCUAG